UCAUUCCAACACACACGUGGGUGUGUGGUCUGACAUCUGAGUGUGCUCAGUGGUAUUACUGAUCGCACAUCACCUGGCUCGCGCUUGUGUGUGUAUGUCUGUAUAUGUGUGUGUGUGUGUCUGUUAUAAGGGAGGUGAUAAAGCCACAUACACACACAUGAGGAUAUUUAUAGGGAUGAUAUUCAAAGAAGUGUAACAACGCAGAGAAGAUCAGAAAUUCAGCAAAAUAUAUCCAUCUGUUUGGUGUGAAUUAUGGAUGCACUUGUGUGUGUGGUGUGGAGUGUAGCACUCCUGACACACACACCGAGUCUCAAAGCUGAGUCCUCCGCAUCCGUUCCAGCCUCGACCACCGUGUCUCUAAAUGAAGCCAUUGACCUCUUUGUGACCUCAAAGAUCACUGACCCCAAAGAACCCAUUAGGACGGACAUCUCUCGUCCCCCACCUCCACCACAACAUAUCAGCAGCACUAGCACAGAACGAGACAGAGCACAAGGUGCAUCCACCGCCUCCCUUCUUACCUUGACUUCAAUUUUGACCACAAAUCAUGCAAACACAAAGAUCACCGACACUGAAGAGCCCAACACAGAGACUACCAUCGGGACAGGCAUCAUUCAGCCAGCAGAAAGCAUCAUGUCAACAAAUGCAACAGAAGGUUCUUUAGAUAUCACUCCAUCCCUCAUUCUACUGAGGAGCACCACCAUUACACCAGGAUCAUCCAUCCCUUCAUCUACCAAUCUCAGUGAAGAACAAAACUCUUCUCAAUCCACCACCUCUGAGACGAUUCCAACAGUAUCUUUAAUUCCACCUUCUAUUCCAGCUUCUACUCUGAAAGACUUGAUUACUGGAUCUGCUUCAUUAGGGAAAGAGAACCAGGAUUGGCCAUCAGAACUAGAUGUGGGAGAUGAAGACUCAGACAAAUUGCCUUCUCCUUCUCCAUUGGAUCCUUUGCUUGCUGGCCUGAUCUCCAUCUUCAUCAUUAGCACUGCUCUGCUCUCCAUCAUACUCUUCCUCAAAUUUUGCCAACAAAGCGGCCAUCCUGAAUUCCACAGACUGCAAGACCUUCCCAUGGACGAUCUCUUGGAGGAUACACCGUUGUCAAGAUAUUCAUAUUAAAGAGGCUCCUUCUCUAUUGAUGGAUACUGUGGGGAACAACAGAUGGGUUACAGUCCGCAAAUGUAGACGUACAAUUCUAUACUACCAUAAUCAAAACACUAGCUGAGGAAAUAUCUUUUGGAAGAAUGGUGCUCCAUCCUUUCAAUAGCCAAUAAAUAUAGUUGCAGAGACUUGUAGAAUCCAUGCCAAGCUGCUUGUGGUGGUUUGACACUUUACUAAAAUAUGUGUUAAAUCAUGUAAAUUAUGAUCAUUUGGUUUGUUUGUUUUGUUUGUUCUCUUUAGAUGUGAACAAUAGAUUAAUCUAAGUCAGUCAUUUCAACAUCUCAGUAGCAAACAGUUUUAUGUGCAAAGGUGGGGUGGUGUGUAACUAGUACUUUGUAAAUAAUAUUAAAUUAACUUUAGAUGUAGCAGUGAAUUGUGUUUUUUGAACAGUUUGAACAGUUUGUAAUGUAACAUAUUGAAGUUUUUUCUGCUCUUUGUACGUAUUACACUUUGUGCCAUAUAUAUUUAUUAUUGUACUAUUUUGUGCGGGUGAAUGUUCUAAAGAGUCACAGUAACACUUUACGGUUGCGUGCAAAAGUUUGCACCCCCAUAGUUUUUUGAAACUGGAAAAUGUACUUCAAUUUUACAUUUCAUUACAAAAAAAAGUUGUCUUGGGGUUAAUGUUUUUAACCUAUUAAUAUAUUAACAAUUAUGUACUCGUUUUUGUUACCUGUAAAUAAAAGUAAAUGAAGGAACA